AACCUUUACAGCCUUGCAUUGAUGCUUUAUUUCAUGGAGAUAUUCCCAAUGACGGUUGGAAUGGUAUGGCCACGGGUGCCCUGAGGGAAGCCGAUCUUUUUGCCUCGAAACAUUCCUCUACUCUACCCAUAGUUGGAACUUGGAAAAUCAUGACCUUUCAUUGUUUGAACUUUGAACUAGGAACCCUUUCAUUUAGACAACUAUGAAAAUUGUGAGGGCUUAUGAAGACAAAAUUAGGAGAUCAAAACCUACACAUCCAUAAUACAUAGGAAAUGGAAGRMAAUGCCUUUUUCUUCUGUCAUCCUUCUGUUUGAUUAAAUGCUCAUCCUUCAAUUUCAAAUGGAUAUCUUGUUUCUCUGUUCUACUUGGGGAAGAGAUACAAAGUGAUAACCAAGAAAUUAUCGUGUUGUAAAUUAUUUUAUYGGGGAAGACAGAGACCCAAGUGAUCAAGUCUCUCCGUCUGUGGCACUCUCAGUCUCAUCUCAUAGCUAUAUUUCUUCGUCUAUGGGUUUUCUUUUUGCAUUCCCUUUGAGCACGGAAAUGUAUAGCGUACAAAGGAAGGAGGUUGCUUUAAUGUGCCAUUGCUUCCCGUCGGUUCUUUUCUUGACGUUUCGAACCAGUAGAAAAGCCAACGAUUUCUUCGUGGACUUUUCCUAYGUCCAUUGUUUGAUUUGAUUGGAUAUUACAUAGUGGUGGUGAGUGUGAAGACUGGUCUUACUAGUCAACGGAGAAGGUGAGUAGGAAACUUACUCAACCUGCUAGGAUGCUAGCCCGGUGACUCCGAAGUCUGAACUACAACGAAUGAGAAUGAGAGAGCCCGCUGAUUGGAUCACCGCUCUUAAAGCGGAACCCAAUACUCAUCACUCCUUCACAAGUCUUUGGUUCUCUCCAAGUCAACUGACGUGGCAACCAAGAAAUUAGUUUCCAUUGAGCGAUGGGAUGCAAGUGUCAGGACCUCUCUUCUCUGAUAAAGUGCAUAUAAAUAGAGAAGAGGGAACAUACGACGGGGUUGGGUAGAAAGAUCGGGACUCUGUUAGGUGGGUCUUUGUGGUUGUCAUUCGUCUAGUACUGUGAGAUGGACACCCAUGGCUUUGUUGUUGGUGGUGUUUACUCCUUCCUCUUCCUUGUGUCAUUUCACUUGGCUCUUCAUUCAGCUGAUGACAACUUGGAACAGUCGUGUCUUCCAUUCGACUGUGGGAACAGUGUCUUCUCCAACGCUAUCCACCCGGAUUGCGGACUGAUGAGCACCAUACAUAUAGAAUGUCCAGAUGGCAGACCCACGAUCCUAUUAGGCUUCUGCGAAGGAGCAAGAUCUUACCAAGUUCAAUCCAUUUUUGGUGAUAAUAACACAAUUGUGAUACGUGAUUCCUCACUCCAUCGCAGCUUGGAAUCUGGCUUCUGUGAUGACAUAAAGAAUUUCUCAUCAUCCACUUUCAAUUCUCUCUCCUUUAGAGUAAUUUCUCCCAAUAUUACUUUGUUCAGUUGCAAACGUGAAGAUCAUCAUGAUCAGUUUCAGUCCCCACAUCUCCCUGGGUUUCAUCAGUACCCACAUUGCCGAGACCAUGAUCUAUUCUUCGGAAAUUACAAAUCGGAAGAGAGUCUGCAGUCUAUUCGAGAUAGAUGUUCGGUCUACCAAAUUCCAGUGCGUGAACGACUGGAUGGGGAUGACCUGCUCCUGCCUCACUUGGAGGCCGGGUUUUCUCUUCAAUGGGAAUUCCCCCCGCAAUGUAACAAGUGUGACAGGAAAGAACUCCGUUGUGUUAGACAACAUCAAAAUGGAACCUUGACAUGUCCAAGUUCAACUACAGACAAGAAAAGAUGGGUGAAGGUUGCACUAGGUAUUAGCUCCGGCGUUAUAGCGGGGGCCUUCCUUGUAAUAUGCAUCGUCCUUUGCCGGAAGAAACUUAAGUUUGGCCUAGUCAAAAGAAAAGAUAUUUCCACACCUUCAACUACCGUCUCUUCUAAUCCAUCGUCGAGGACCAAGGACCUCGAGAAAGGAAGCAUCUUCAUGGGAGUCUCCAUCCCCAUCUUCACCUACGAGGUACUUGAGGAAGCCACCAACAAUUUCGAUGCCUCUAAAGAACUUGGCGAUGGUGGCUUUGGUACUGUUUACCAUGGAAAGCUCCGGGAUGGACGUGAUGUUGCAGUCAAACGCCUCUACGAGAACAACUACAGGCGUGUUGAGCAAUUCAUGAAUGAGAUCGAGAUCCUCACCCGCUUGCGCCACAAGAACCUGGUCACCCUCUACGGAUGCACCUCACGACGCAGCCGUGAACUCAUCCUUGUAUACGAAUACAUUCCCAAUGGCACCGUUGCCGAUCAUCUCCAUGGCGAUAGAGCAAAAGCCGGUGGACUGCCAUGGUCUAUCCGAAUGAGCAUUGCCUUAGAGACCGCCGGUGCGCUGACCUACCUCCAUGCUUCCGACAUCAUUCACCGUGAUGUCAAAACCAACAACAUUCUGCUCGACAACAAUUUCAGUGUUAAAGUCGCAGAUUUUGGACUAUCUCGUCUCUUCCCCACAGACGCAACCCACGUCUCGACCGCACCACAAGGGACUCCCGGCUAUGUCGACCCCGAGUAUCACCAGUGCUACCAGCUUACUGGCAAGAGUGACGUGUAUAGCUUUGGUGUCGUCCUGAUUGAGCUCAUAUCAUCAAAGCCGGCAGUAGAUAUCAGUAGGCAUCGACACGAGAUUAAUUUGGCCACCAUGGCCAUGAACAAGAUCCAAAACCGGGCGUUGCACGAGCUGGUUGACCCUGAUUUGAAUUUCGAAUCAGAUAGUGCAGUAAGGAGAAUGGUGACAGGGAUGGCAGAGUUGGCAUUCCGGUGCUUGCAAUAUGACAGAGAGAUGAGACCUACAAUGGAUGAAGCAUUGGAGAUUCUGAACGCAAUUGGGAAUGAGGAUUACAAUGUGACGAAGACAGAGGAAGUGGACACCCAAUCAGAUCAGGUGGGCCUGUUAAAAAAUAACAAACGGCCACCGACGUCCCCAGUCACAGUGACCUAUCCAUGGUCCAGUGAGAAAACUACACCCAAUACCAGUAGUUAGGUUUUCCAUGUCAAUUGAUAUCUACUCUCUUUUGCAGGUAGAUGAUAAACAUUGUGUUCCAGCACUCCCAAUCAGAUGAAACUUAGUGGGUUGCAGCUUCAUUUUCUUUUCAUCUACUUGAUUUUGCCGUGUUGUUAUGUCACCAUUGUAUUAGCUAUAAGGUUGAAUGGCCAUGUACAUAAUGAAAAGAAUUGUAUUUUGCUGCCUUUAUCAAGUUGAUGUUCAUAUCCGAGAUCAGGUUGUUUGCUUGGCUCUCUUUUAUUAUUAGUCAACUAGAUAUUCAAGGCUGUUUGAUUAAUUAACUCUCAUUUAUUAAUUAGCAUUCUGCUGCCAUUGCUGGA